AUGUCUGCAACUUCCGAAAUUGUUGCACCCGCUGAUGCGUCAUCCCUCGUUAACGUUAACAUGUCAAACGUUAUGAAGCUCACUUCCACAAACUUUCUGAUGUGGAAACGUCAAGUUCAUGCCUUGUGCAAUGGCUAUGAUCUCGCCGGCUAUCUUGAUGGUUCGACGACCGCCCCUGAUGCUACUCUUACCACCGAAGGUACCACCACCGCUAACCCUGCCUAUAAACAUUGGCAACGGCAAGAUCAGCUCCUCCUUUCUAGUAUUCUUGGUGCCAUUUCUUUAUCAGUGCAGCCUCUUCUCUCCAAAGCCAACACGUCGGCUGAGAUCUGGAGCACUCUUACCAACACCUACGCUACACCGAGUAGAGGUCACAUUCUUCAGAUCCGUGAGCAGCUGAAACAAUGGAAGAAAGGUGCUAAAUCUAUUGAAGACUACUUCAAUGGCUUCACCACACGCUUUGAUCAACUGGCGUUGCUUGCUAGUCCCAUACCUCAUGAAGAUCAAAUCGAUUACAUCCUUGGUGGUCUUCCUGAUGAGUACAAACAAGUUACUGAUCAGAUCGCCGGACGUGACACACCACCGUCGCUCACCGUUCUCCAUGAGGAACUCAUCAACCAAGAGCUGAAAAUUCAGAUGUUCCUCACCGCCUCUUCAUCCAUUCCGGCUUCGGCUAAUCUUGCUUCCCAUAGAGGUCACAACACUCGGGGUCUUCAACAAUCACGUGGGAACAAUACCAUGUCUCAACCACGUAACCAGUUUCAUUCUCGUUCGAUCUCACGUGGUCGUGGUUAUCAGGGUCGUUGCCAGAUCUGUGGCGUUCAAGGUCACAACGCAAGGUGGUGUUCUCAACUGCAGUCCUCUGGUCGUGGUUACUCUCACUCUAGCGGUGGAUAUCAGGCUGCUUCACCACCUCCGUAG